GCUCCGCCUACGCUACCUGUGCGUGCAUGCGCCUCCGGGGGCCCGCGGGAGGGUGGGAGGCCCGCAGUCACCUGCUCGCCGGGCUGGGACCAGCCCGCUGCCGAGAACUCGUCACACGUUGGCACGCCUGGAGCCUCGCUCAUUGGUCCGCCCUGCGGGUACGAACGCUCCUCGAAUUGGCUCUCUGCGCGCCAGGCCGACCCAGCACUGGCUAACCCCGCGUAUUGGUCAAGCGGCCGCCAAGGCGGGUCUAGUGGCAGCGCGCUUCCUGCCGGUGGCCAGCCCAGCGCGCAUUGCCUCUUCCGCUGGCCCGCCUGGCCGCACCGGUGGCUCAUCGAGGCGCGGCGGCCACCGACCGGGCGCCCACGACCCCCUGGGGCCCGCGACUCGUUCCCAGCCCCCCGCCGCCGCCAUGAACAUCCGCAAUGCGAGGCCCGAGGACCUGAUGAACAUGCAGCACUGCAACCUGCUGUGCCUCCCGGAGAACUACCAGAUGAAGUACUACUUCUACCACGGCCUCUCUUGGCCUCAGCUCUCUUACAUCGCGGAGGACGAGAAUGGGAAGAUUGUUGGCUAUGUGUUGGCCAAAAUGGAGGAAGACCCAGAUGACGUGCCCCAUGGACACAUUACGUCACUGGCUGUGAAGCGCUCGCACCGUCGCCUUGGCCUGGCGCAGAAGCUGAUGGACCAGGCCUCCCGAGCUAUGAUUGAGAACUUCAACGCUAAAUAUGUCUCUCUGCACGUCAGGAAGAGUAACCGGGCCGCCCUGCACCUCUAUUCCAACACUCUCAAUUUCCAGAUCAGUGAAGUGGAGCCCAAGUACUACGCAGAUGGGGAAGACGCGUAUGCCAUGAAGCGGGACCUCACCCAGAUGGCGGAUGAGCUGAGGCGGCAGCUGGAGCUGAAGGAGAAGGGCAGGCCGGUGGUGCUGGGGCCCGUGGAGAACAAGAACAACUCACUGUCGAGCGCAGGCGAGGCCUCCCGGGAGGAUAGUGGUGGGGACAGCAAGGACCUCAGUGAAGUCAGCGAGACCACAGAGAGCACUGAUGUCAAGGACAGCUCAGAGGCCUCUGACUCGGCCUCCUAGAGCCUGACCGAGCGCUGAGCCCCACCAGGCUGCAGACCACCUCGCCCUAACCGCUAGAUUGCCCAAUAAAAGUCACCCCUGUCCCUAGGGAAUCUGUGUCAA